GUGGUGCUUAUAAUGUAUUUUUAAAAUUGUGAUCCACUUCAAAGUUUUUAUCACCCAGUCUUUAUGGGAAAUAAUAUAAAUGGGGUUAGAUUGAGUUUAGGUUUUGCGCAGGGUCGUAAAGACUCUUUUUGUAUUAUGUCUGGUUUCACUAGCUUACCUGUUAUUAUAUUUGAAGUUGGUUAGGUUGGACAACAUGGUGCUGUGGUCGAGGUUAACCUGCUCAUAUAAAUCUCUACGGACAUGCUCAUUUAAUGCACGGUUCUUUGGAACUGGGACGAAGGCUUUAUGGCAGAAGAGCCCCUCUUUAUCCCAGGCAGCAUUCUUCCCUCUAUCUGAAGGAGUGAUGCUUCCAGCUGGGACAUUUAAAAACAAAGUGGCCUUCAUCACAGGAGGAGGUACAGGUCUGGGUAAAGGCAUGACCACUGCUCUAUCUGCCCUCGGGGCAGAGUGUGUCAUAGCUAGCAGAAAACUGGAUGUUCUGAAACAAACUGCUGAGGAAAUCUCACAACAGACUGGUAAUAAGGUUCAUGCUGUGCAGUGUGAUGUGAGGGACCCGGCCUCUGUAAAGGCUGCUGUAGACCAUCUGGUCACCGACGUUGGGCUUCCUGAUGUGGUGAUCAACAACGCUGCAGGAAAUUUCAUUUCUCCUUCUGAAAAGCUCUCGGCCAAUGCAUGGAGAACUAUAACAGACAUAGUUCUGAAUGGCACAGCUUACAUCACGCUGGACAUUGGGAAACGUCUCAUCAAAGCUGAGAAAGGUGCCGCUUUUUUGGCCAUCACCACCAUCUAUGCUGAGAGUGGAUCUGGAUUUGUUGUGCCCAGUGCAUCUGCUAAAGCAGGAGUGGAAGCACUGUUCAAGUCUCUGGCAGCAGAGUGGGGAAGAUAUGGCAUGAGGUUCAACGUUAUUCAGCCAGGGCCAAUCAAAACCAAGGGUGCUUUCAGCCGCUUGGACCCCACAGGCAUGUUUGAGAAGUCAAUGAUUGAGAGGAUACCAGUGGGUCGGCUUGGUACUCCAGGGGAGAUUGCCAAUCUGGCUGCCUACCUCUGCAGCGACUAUGCCAGCUGGGUGUCGGGUGCGAUCAUCAGAAUGGAUGGUGGUGAAUAUGUGUCUAUGGCUGGGGAAUUCAAUUCACUGAGCAAGGUCACACAAGAGCAGUGGGCUAUGAUGGAGGCCAUGAUCAGAAGCACAAAGGGCUCUUAAUGACUGAGGGCUGUUGGCGGAUGACCCACUUAACAUCUAACACCACUGGGAUCCAUAAAAUCCAACAAGAUGGUCAGCAACUUCUUAAACUUAGAAUUCUCACAUGAUGCUAAAGCUAUAAUAGGAUCAAGGAGCAACAUGGAACGACCAUUUAUGAACAAAAUAUGGUGGAAAUAAAGAAAAGAUGUGUGCAGAAAAGCAUGUGAAGGAAACAUCCUGAAUGUUUUUUCAAACCGUAGAGCCUUUUUCCAAGACUGGCAUUUCAUCAUAGAUUAAUGUAAUUCAUAUUCUUUUAUAUUUAAUUCUGUAUUACGUGUUCUAGCAUUUAAGGGAUGGUUAAAACAAAUGUACUCCCUUGAAGUUGUACAUAAAUGUGCUAUUCCCAUAAUAAGUAAAUACAUGUAUUAAAAAACCUAAUGCAGUUUUUACUAGUUGUUGUAUUUUACAAAAGAAAUAAAUGAGAAAAAAACCCUGA